UCCUCUUUGUUUCAGGUCCCGCCCCCUGGUUACCGGAAGUGUGAUGUGGCUCGUGGCGGCGCGUAGCUAUGUCUGCAAUCUUCAAUUUUCAGAGUCUUCUGACGGUAAUCUUGCUGCUUAUAUGUACAUGUGCAUACUUAAGGUCUUUGGCUCCCAGAUUACUGGAUAACAAUAAAACAGGAUUAUUGGGCAUAUUCUGGAAGUGUGCCAGGAUUGGUGAACGGAAGAGCCCUUAUGUAGCAAUAUGCUGUAUUGCAAUGGCCUUCAGUAUUCUGUUUGUACAAUAAAAAUGGGAAAAUGUUAAGAAUAUACUGCUGUCAAUUUGCAAUCAAAUAAAAGACUUGAAGAAACUGAAGACAAAAAUACGUUCUACACCUCAGUUUGUUAUGUCUGUUUGGACAAGAAAGGCUUUUGACUCUGUGUUUCAGUAUUUUUGGUUAAAGAGCAGUGAUGUUGAAAGAAAUAUAGUUAUUAAUCCUUUUGGUUGGAUAACAUUCAUUUAUGUUAAUUAUUCUAAAUUUCAGUAAAGCCUUAAGACUACAACAGUGAGUUAUGUCUGCCAGAGUUGAUUUGAUGUUAAACCCAAAACCCUUUUAAAUACUUUUUAUUUAAAAGUUUUUACUUUUUUCAUAUCAAAAUAGGAAUAAGAGAAAUAAAAUCUUAAACUGUAGAUAAAGAGAAAGUAACGUAUCAUAAUAGAAAACAAAUAUGUUAAACUAUGAGGGAGACAGAGUUAAAGUUAGAAAGACUAUUUGGAACAGAAGAUUUCAAUUAAGUUCAGUUUCAUUAGAGCUUUUCUAAUUGUUCUGUUUAUAGGUUUUACAAAUUAUAAAAUAUCUGCAAUAGAAAAUAAUUUUACAAAGACAAUUCUGUUCUGUUAUGACUUCAUUAAACAAAUGCUUCUCUGUAAUAUGGCCAACCGUUAAUAUUUAUGCUUCACCUUGAUUUUUAGUAAACAAUUUAUAUAAAGUUGCUUAUUGCUGCAGACUAUUAAAUUCUAGAACUUAAAUCUCAUGUAUGUACUUCACUUACCUAUUGAAAUAAAAUACAAUCUGGAUUUUUUUUCAGAAACAUCUGAAUA